AUGAAGGUGUCUAUAGUUUCUCGCAGUGGCAGAGAGGUCAUUAAAGGAGGCCUUGAGCUUAGUGAUUCGGCGACAGUGGCUGAUCUGCAAGAGGCUAUUCAUAGGCGAACCAAAAAAUUCUAUCCUUCAAGACAGCGGCUGACCCUACCUCUUCCACCGGGAUCAAAGGAAAGGCCCAUUGUCCUCAACUACAAGAAGAACCUCAAAGAAUACUGUGAUGGGAAUUUGGACAACUUAACUGUUGUUUUUAAGGACCUGGGUCCACAAGUUUCGUACCGCACACUCUUUUUCUGUGAAUACUUGGGUCCUUUGGUGCUCUAUCCCGUUUUUUACUACUUCCCAGUCUACAAGUUUUUUGGCUACAAGGGGGAGCGCAUCAUCCACCCAGUUCAGACAUAUGCAUUGUACUACUGGUGCUUCCACUAUUUCAAACGCAUUAUGGAAACAUUUUUUGUGCACCGAUUUAGCCAUGCAACGUCACCGCUCUCCAACGUGUUUCGGAAUUGUGCUUAUUAUUGGACCUUUGGUUCCUAUAUUGCUUACUACGUGAACCAUCCACUUUACACCCCUGUUAGUGAUCUUCAAAUGAAGAUUGGAUUUGGAUUUGGUUUGGUUUGUCAACUUGCAAACUUUUAUUGCCAUAUGUUGCUGAGGAAUCUUCGCCGUCCAGAUGGGAAUGGCGGCUAUCAAAUCCCAAGUGGGUUUCUCUUCAAUAUCGUGACAUGUGCAAACUACACAACGGAGAUUUAUCAGUGGUUAGGUUUCAACACUGCAACUCAGACUGUUGCAGGCUACGUUUUUCUUGUGGUUGCGACUUCCAUCAUGACCAAUUGGGCCCUUGCAAAGCAUCGGAGAUUGAAGAAGCUAUUUGAUGGAAAGGAUGGAAGACCUAAAUAUCCACGCCGAUGGAAUGGAACUCUUAAGGCUGGAAUUGAGAUUGUUUGCAGAAAUCAUCGGGGCCACAUUAUAGAUGGGAAGGGGUUCACCAUUCGAAUCUUGUCUGUUGCACCAGGCAAAGCGAAGGCUAUCAGGGAGGCCCUGCAUUUUGCUGCGAACUUCAGUUCUUGCCCUAUCACCAUUGAAUCCGAUGCUGCUGCUGUCGUGUCAGCCAUCAAGGAUUCUAAUCCCGUUCCGGAUUGGGAGAUUGUUCCGGUUAUGGCAGAUAUCAAGCAUUUGUGUCCUCCAUGGUUAGUGUUUCUGCAUGCUUAG